UCACACGGAGCAAACAAGAAACUGAAGGAGCGCAAUGGCAACGCCAACGGGCUGCAGCCAGAGCCGAGGGCCAUCGCGGCGUUGCGUCACACGGGGUACAUGCGGAGCGGGGGGCGAAGGUUCGGCGCCAGGCGGGGCCUCGCGUGGCUGCUGCACUGGCUCAUUACGCAGCACAUCGCUGCUGCCAGGUCGCGACGAGCGCGCAGCCCAGAGAGAGAGAGAGAGAGAGAAAAACAGCCAGCGGCGGCUCUCGCAGAGAGAAAGAAAGAGAGAGAUAGGGGGGAUUGACUCGCCAAUGUAACGCUUCCUCUCUAUCUCUUGUCCUGUUGCUCGCUUUUGCGGAGGGGCGGAGCGGAGAGGGGGUCUCCGCGCGGCUUUGCUCUGUCUUGCCAACCAAGCCUGCUUCGUCUUUUACCCUCUCCUGUUCUUGGUCUCAGCGCUGGAACGGGACGGGGAUUGCUUUUCGGUGCGCCUGCGAAGGUGCGAUCUCUGGCCUCGGUUCUUGGUCCGCGGAUUGCCUCCUCCUCGUCUCGUGGGGUUCGAGUUAGGCGUGGGGUUUUUGGGGUUUGGGUUCUUUUUGGUUCCUUCGGCUGGAAUUCUGACAGACUGACUCUGGUUCGUGUGGCUGUGGCGUGCUCUGGUUCCGAGGUGAAGUUUGGCCGACCCAGUUGGUUUGGGCGAAGGAAGUGAAGCAUGGGUACAACUGCCUCCAAGCAAGACUGCAGCACCGCAUUGCAGCUCUGCAAGGGUCGUCUGAAACACAUUGAACAGGCAAUCGAUGCAAGGUAUGCCCUUUCGGCUGCUCAUCUGUCGUACGAGCAGUCUCUGCGCAAUGUCGGCGUUGCUUUGAGGCAGUUUGUGGAGUCACAGCAUGAGGGUGAUCCGGAAAAGUCCCCUUGCUCUUCGUCUGCUUUACCAUCCCCAUUGCCACCUGCAGACAAUUCUAAAAUUUCACCACUGAAAGUGCCCCGCCAUUCUGAUAUUAGUCGCUUGAGGUCAGAAGUAAGCCCAUCCUUGACAGUGACAGUCGACCCAAGUGGUGGUGAUGCUAGUUUUAUCAGAAAAGGGCAGCCCAUCCCGACUUCGGUUUCACCACCGUUGUCUCCGGAAUUUUGCCCCCCAUGGGAUUUCUUUGAACCAAAUGAUAUGAGUGAAAAUGUUGCCACCCAUGUCUCAGAGAACUGCGAGGCAACUUUGGAUGAUUUUGGCCAUGUCGAUGGGAGGGAUCAAGCUUCCUCUAGUCAAAUAUCUGAGGUGCAAGAACAGUUCGGAACACAUGGAUGUAAAGACCUUGAUGACAAUUUUGACCAUCUUAAGUUGAAUCGCAAUGACUGUAGUGAAAUUGAGAUUGUUGAUACAGACUUACCAAAUGACUCAAGCUUACACAAAGGACCUGAUCAAGUGCAGAGACAGAAUGUGGAGGGGCAGAAUCCUACACGUAUUACUGACAAUAGAAAAAACGAAGCCCACUCUGUAGACAAGGUUAAUGUACCAAAAAUAUCUACUGAAAGGGAAGAAGAAAAGGGCAGUUCCAUCACCAGCGUAUCAAAAGAUUUUCUGUCUGAUGUUAAAGAACUCGAGCGCCAAUUUGCUCGGGCAGCUGAGUCUUGCCAUGGGGUCUCAAGGAUGCUUGAGACAAGGAAGAUUCGACUAAGCUUUUCUACCAAGAUAACAGGGAAACCGUCGUGUGCACUUUCUCUGUCAGCAUCCUUGCUCUGCUGCAAUGCUGGAAAUGUAGCUUCCCAUGAAUCAGAGCAGCAUGUCACAAAAGUGAUCGCUUGGAAUCGCUCACUUUCAUCACGAUCUUCAUCAUCUAAGAAUCCACUAUUUUCUGCUCAAAAGGAUGAUGACCCUCCAGAAAGCAUUAGCGAUUUUGUUGAAGAGUUUUGUAUGAUUUCAGGAAGUCAUGCAUCCUCUUUAGAUAGACUCUAUGCUUGGGAAAUAAAGAUUUAUCAUGAGUUAAAGAAUAUUGAAUCAAUCGAGCAGAUAUACGACAAAAAAUGUGCUCAGCUAAGCCAUCUAUGUGCAAGGGAUGCAGAUGCCAGGCAAGUUGACAAAACUCGGUUUACUAUCAAAGGGUUGUAUUCGCGACUCGUGGUAGGAACUGAAGUGCUAUACUCAAUUUCAAAAACAAUUGAGAAGUUGCGAGAUGAAGAGUUGCAGCCCCAACUUCUUGAAUUACUACAAGGGCAGACGCGCAUGUGGAGGGUGCUGGAGGAAGUUCACCAAAUGCAGCAGAAAAUUACCUCUCCAACAGAUGCAAAGCUCCCAGCAAUGUCUCCUCCAAGCGAGUCCCGCGGACAUGCCUUGAUGAACCUCAUCACUGAACUGGGAGUCUUCUACUCCAGUUUGGCAGGCUGGGUUGAUGGUUACAAAAACUAUGUGAGUGGUCUGCACUCCUGGCUACAGAACUGUGUGGUGCAACCACGAGACCCGUCAGGGGGAGGAAACCUGACCCUCUCGCCUCGCCAACACCUUGCACCGCCCCUAUUUGUUCUCUUGGGGGAUUUGUCCGCAGGAAUGUCAUCGCUCCCGUCUGAAGAAUCAUGUGACUCCAUCAAGAACCUUGCAGCAGAUCUCAAGAAAAUGUACAGGCGCCAGGCAGCAGAACAGAAGAAGGCAGCGAAGAAGAGAUCUUCAGACACUGGGGCAGAGGGUGACAAAUCGUCAGAGACUGAACCAGAGAUGGCAACCCUGCAGGGCGGUCUGACCGCAAUGUUCGAUCGACUCUCUAAGCUCUCAGGUGCCAUGGCCAGCCUGGCUGAAAAUGUGAAACGGGAGGCGGAAAUCGCCCGGGAGGCGUACGCCAUCGGUCGCCGCACAGAGUAAGUUAUAAGAUCAUACCAGGUCAUUUUCUUGAGUUCAGGUGUCGGUUUAUAGGACAGACAAAGAUAGAAACAGGUUUCUUCAGAGAAGAAGAAUGAUGGUGAUGUUUGGUUUUGGUAUAUACCGUGAACUGUAUGUACAUUCCUUUGCCUGGGCAUAGUAUCUUGGGUGUUGUUGAUGGUCGGACCAGUCCUAGCUUCUGUAACCAGACGGUUCUGGGGUAAAGUUUGUUUGUCGAAAGCACCGAUGAUGGCUGUGGCGUUUCGCCAUUGUGUUUGCUGGGGCA